AUCGUUAAGAGGGAAAAACUUGACAAUAUUUACAAGUGUCGUAUAUAACACCCAGGCUUGCAUUAAACAAUAGCGACAACGAAUAACAAGUCAACGAGUUGCAGACGUGGCUAAUUGCAAGGCUCUCUGGAAAAUUAAUGGUAAUUUCAUGCUGUCAUUGCGCAAAAAUCAACACGGCCCCAAAAGCGCCAGAACAAAGCAUAAAGUCGCCGUUGCCACCAUCAGUGACCUCAACUAACUCGUAAAUGCCACAACAACAAACGCUGUAAGCGCAACAACUACAACUACAACUAUAACAAAUAGUAAUAUCAACGUGCAGCAGCUGUCCUUGAAAUAGCAAAUUGGCAACUCUGCAGCGCAUUUGUCCAGGCAAACGGAAGUGAGUGAGAGAUACAGCGUUAGGAAGCCAGACAGACACAAUCAUAACAACAACAACAACAACAACAACAAUGGCACACUCGAAGGUCAUACUGAAGAUACUGUUCUCGCUGUGCGUCUGGUCGUUUGUCAUCAUUGGACUGUUCAAGAUGCAUGGCACAAAUCUGGUGCCGCAGGACUAUCAUCAGGUGCCGCAGGAAUAUCAACAGCUGCCAAUUAACGGACGCAGUCUGCUACAAAAGGACAUGCUACGCUAUGCGGAAACCACAUCAACGACCACCGAUCAUUUCGAUCCCAGCGAGAUACUCGUCGACAAUCGCACUGCCAUGGACGACGAUCAGUUGGUGCGCGAUGUCGAAUCGCGGAUACCAUCGCUGCCCAUUGCAUACUGGAGCAAGAACAAGAAUUUUCUGCAACAGAAAUCAUCGACAUGCGCCAAAUACCCAUCGAUCUUUGAGUUGGAAUUCAACAACAUCUACUGGCAAACGUUGCGCACCUCAAACGGUACAUUUCAGCUAUUUGGCGCCUACUACGACAUUCGUCGCACCUCGCUGCUUGGCCCCACUGUGCGCAUCUUGGGCAUGAUCGAUCGCAUCGAGCCAAAGGUGAAGACCUAUUGCCAGUUUUGGUUCGAUGGCCAAAAGGAGCCGUUCAUUGUGAAGACAUUCGAGUACAAGUACAUUUGGUACAACAAAUGGGGCAACUACAAGCAGGGCAUCUAUCAGCCAUAUUUGAUUGCCUGCCAGAUACCCAAACCCUUCCACGGCGUCGUUCCCAGUUCGGUGUCGAUGGUGGAGAAGGAAUGCGACACGGCAACCAACAAUUUGCGUGUGAUCUACAAUCGGCCACCGGAUGAUCAGAAAAAGGGAUUCGCGGUGUGCGUGAAAGGUUUGGAUUUCCUCUACGAUGAUUUGAGUGUGCGACUUAUUGAAUGGAUCGAAAUGCUCAACAUUUUGGGGGCGGACAAUAUCUAUUUCUAUAAUUUGCAAGUGCAUCCGAAUAUCACCAAAGUGCUCAGUCAUUAUGAGCAGGAGGGCAAAGUGCAAGUGAUUCCAUUGACAUUGCCGGGCGGUCAGCCAAAUGUGCCUGGAUUUCAGCAUUUGUAUUUGACCAAGAAAACGAAUCACAAGCGACAGAACGAGGUGAUACCCUACAACGAUUGCCUGUACAAGAAUCUCUAUUUGUACAAUUAUAUUGCGUUGCUCGACAUCGAUGAGGUGAUCAUGCCCAAAGGCAAUUCGGUGCUGUGGUCCGAGCUGAUGGACAAAGUGCGUCCCGAAUCGUUGAAAAUCAAACCCGAUGGCUAUCACAGCUACAAUUUCCGCAACGUCUACUUCCUCGACGAUCAGCAGCACGAGCACGGCUGGCACAAGGAUAUACCCAAGUAUAUGCAUAUGCUGCAGCAUGUGCAUCGGGCCAAGAACUACACGAAACCCAAUCAGUAUGUGAAAUGCUUCCAUGAUCCCGAACGUGUCCUCACGCUCCACAAUCACUUUCCGUUGAGCUGUUUGGGCGGCGUAUGCAAAUCGUAUCCGGUCGAUACACAGGACGCACAGCUGCAGCAUUAUCGCGCCGAUUGCGUCAAGACGCUGAAGAAGAGCUGCGAAGAGUAUCGCGAGAAUUCGGUGGAGGACAAAACGAUUUGGAAGUACAAGGAUGAGUUAAUUAGACGCACGAUUAAAACGCUCGAGACGCUGGGUUUCUUCAGACGCAGCGGCGGCCCUGGCUUUGGGGGCAGCAGCAGCGGCUUGGGCGGUGGCGCCACAACGCACUCGACGGAACGGUGAUUCACACUGCUCGGCGGCUGGUCAUGGCCAUGGCAACCACCGUCGGUUCCGUUUGUGGAUCCAGCGGUAGCGGCAGCCGGCGGCAAUCUGGGCAACGAGGAGUUUUUCGUCUAGUGAGCGAGCUGGCAAAAAAAGACGACGACAGCUCGAUGAGAGGUGGAACUAGAGAGCGAUAGAGUUAAGGUUUGAGGGCGAUUUCCUUGCCACAUCACAAAAAAACAAAGCAAGUCAAACACAAACAAAUCAAAUGGAAAGAAAAACACAAAAAAAAAGUAAAGAAAUGAAAAUAACACUUGAACCCGUCCCCGCCCCUCUUAGCAUAGAACUCGAUUUGUUCAGUUUUUGUAUUAUAGGAAAAGAGUGUUUGUUUUAUUUUUUUUUUUAUUUCAUCUUCUUUUACCUUAACGAUUAUUAUGAUUUUUGUAGUAUUCCUACCAUAUAAAUAUUUAAUUAGUUAUUUUUCUAUAUACACUUACUUAUCAUAUGCCUGUAUCAACAACUAUUAUCUAUACAUACAACAACACAUACAUAUAUAUCUACUAUAUAUAUACCAUAUAUAUAUAUAAAUACGCACUUGGCUAGUGUAUAAAACAAAAAUGAAACAAGAGAAGCGAAUGAAAACACUUUUGAAAUUGUGCCUUCAACUUUAAAUUGUAAUUUUAGGGUUUUAAAGGCAGCGACUAUCACAUCAAGGUGUCGGAAAAGCUGCACUGAACAAAGCACUGUACUAUACAGAGAUACACACACACAUACUUUCACACUCACUCACACACACAUUUAAUCGUACUAUAAAUAUAGACAUUUAAAAUCGUUUAUAUGCAGUUAGUUGUAUGUAAGAAUUCUUCACAAAAGACGUUACAAAUUACAAGCCUUCUCCUCCCACUCUCUCUUUCACUCUCUUUGAGUAAUGGGAAAAGAUAAUGGAAAGCACACUCAUAUAUACACACACACACACACACAUACACUGACACACAUUGAAGAUAAAGAUAACAAAAAAAAAAACCUAUACUAAGUUCAAGACUGAUGAUGUUUAUUAUAUAAUAAUUAGAUACAAUUGCAAGAAACAAAAAUCGUGUGAAAUUGAAACAAAUUUUAAAAAUUUAUUUCAACACUGUGCGAAAGCCAAGCAAAUUUCAAUUGAUAUUAUCGAUUAGUUAGCAUUGUUGUGGAUUGCACUGCAAUUAACUAAAAUAAACAAAAUAUGGGGAAGAAAAAUCAAACAAAAAAACAUACAAAAAAAAACCAAACACAAAGCCACUUCUAACUGUACUUAGCUAACGAA